AUACACUUUCUCUGGUGCAUAGGAGGAAGAAUCAAAAACUCUCCUAGCCCAAACCAGAUCCUUCUCUCUCCUUUGGAACCCCCAUGUUUUUUUAACCUUUUAUUGUGCUUCAUUAUUUUAUGAUAACCAGUUUAUUUAUCACCAUCCUGGCCUCGAUUUUCUAACCCUUUCAGAUUUGAAUCAUGAAGUCUCCUCAUUCCUUCCUCUCUCGCUAUCUGCUAUAUUAGUGACCACUUUCCCAGCAUUCAAACCUCCCCUUUUUAGAACCACCCCAGUUUUAGUUGAAACCUCUUCAACUCUUUCAUGGUGCUGAAACUCAAACCCUCACUUUGAUUGAACACUUGUUGUGUGUGUAUAUUUUCCAUUUUUACUUUCCCUGUCGAGCUAGAGCUAGCCAACCCCAUUUCGAUAUGGCUCAGUUACACGAGCUACUGAAAGAAGAUCAGGAGCCGUUUCUUCUCAAGAGCUACAUUGCUGACAAACGCGGCCAGCUGAAAAGACCUUCCCCCAAAACCCAAUUGCAGGUCAAUAAACGAAGACCCAUCUCGGAAGUUUCCAACUUCCCCAGAAACCUAUGCAAAAAUGCUUGCUUUUUCUCCCUCCAAGACUCGCCGGACCUCCGCAAAUCGCCGCUGUUCGAGUUCUCGUCGCCGGCGGCUAAAUCCCCAUGCAAGAGUCCCAAUGCCAUUUUUCUUCAAAUCCCAACCAGAACCGCAGCUCUUCUCGUCGAAGCUGCCAUGAGGAUUCAGAAACAGUCGACUAGUUCCAAACCCAAAACCCAGAACCACAGCAAAAACCAUGGUUUUGGGCUAAUUGGGUCCUUGUUGAAGAGACUAAAAACCCGAACCCAAAAGCGUGAAAUCGAAGGGAACGGGGUUAAGGUCUCGGUCAAAGACAUUCUCAGGUGGGAUUCAUCGGUUGGGCGCAGAAAGAUUUCAUCUGAAGAUAGCCAGCUAAAAAUGGAGGAGGAUAAAUUUGAUUCUGGUCUGAGUUUGGAGGACCAAAGUGCUUCUGAAGUAAGGGCUACUUGUGAGAUGUGCUUUGCUUCUUCUAAUGUAAACAGUAGGCCCAGUAGUGAAGUUUGGUCUUUGGACAUGGACACUUCGAGUAGUUGUCAGUCUGAUUACUCGGAAGCGAUUUUGGGUACAACAGAUUGCGUUUGCUGCGAGACGAAGGUCUUUUGCUGUGAGAGCCCUUUUCGUUUUGUGCUCGAAACAACACCCUCCCCGUCCGGCAGCCGGACCCCGGAGUUCUCAUCGCCGGCGACGUCCCCUGUUCGCCACAAACAAGAGGAGAAGGAAGGAUUAAAGAAUUUUCAAGUUGAAGAAGAGGAGGAAGAUAAGGAACAGUGCAGUCCUGUAUCAGUACUGGACCCUCCAUUCGAAGAUGAUGACGAGGAGCAUGACGAGGAAGACGAAGAACAUGGUUUUGAUUUGGAAUGCAGCUAUGCCAUUAUGCAGAGGACAAAGAAGCAGUUAAUGCAGAAGCUUCGUAGAUUUGAGAAAUUGGCAGAGUUAGAUCCUAUUGAACUCGAAAAAAGAAUGUUAGAAGAAGAUGAUGAUGAAGACCAAGGAUAUUAUAACAGCAUCGGUGAUGUAGAAGCAGAAUCAGAAGAAUGUGAUGAUGAUGAGUCGAAAACAUCAGAGAGCAGCAGGGAAGAAAAUCUUGAUGGGUUUGUCAGAGAAGUACUUUGCAAGUCAAGCUUCCCUAGUUCAAAGAGAAUUCCGGAAGACGUGAAGAGGUUGGUGUCUGAUCUCAUUGUUGAGGAACACAGAAAAGAGGAUGAUGGUUUCAGCAAUAGAGAAGAGGUGGUGAGAAGGGUCUGCAAGAGGUUUAACUCCUGGAACGAGGUGGAGUCGAACACCAUAGAUAUGAUGGUGGAACAAGAUUUCAGAAAGGAACUCGAUGGGUGGAAGCAAAAUCAAGGUCAGGUGGGAGAGACUGCAGUAGACAUUGAGCUUGCUAUCUUCGGCCUUCUAGUUGAGGAAUUGGCAAUGGAACUAGUUUGUUUAACUUGAAAUUAAUCAACUAGGAUAAGCUUUGAUGUUAGGGAUCAUUCCAAGGAGUUUUGGGGGUAAAUUUUUCUUUAUUUUUUUGGUCGUUUCCGAAUCAUAUUAUGAUCACUUGGAGUAUAGUCUGACAUUGCACUGUGAAGCAGUAAUAGGCUACUAAAAGUUACAUGCCUGAGCAGGCAAGGACAUGGUAUCAUGGUAUAUGUAUAUGAAUCAUGUAUGUAGUGGGGGACUGGUGUAUGUACGUAUCCUUUGCUUAUUUAGACAUGACAUGUACAAUUCUCAGCCCUUCGAAUAUCUAUAUUUUCUCACAA